GAGCAAAAUUCGGCGAGUCGAGUAGAGUCCGUUUAAGUGAGCGGUCGUGGUUUCGCUUAGCACACGACUUAUCACAUAUUUUUUUGUGAAGAAAAAAAUCUUAAAAAAAAUAAAAAAAAAAUUAAAAAUAUAAAAAGUAACCAAAAAAAAUUGUAAAAAGUAGCAAAAAAAUUCGAGCAAGUGCUGAAAACGAGGACCUAAUCACCAAAAAUGGCUUCAUUAUACGUGGGUGAUUUGCACCAGGAUAUUACUGAAGCGUCACUAUUCGACAAGUUCUCCUCUGCUGGACCAGUUCUCUCCAUUCGCGUGUGCCGCGACGUGAUUACCCGUCGCUCGUUGGGCUAUGCCUACGUCAAUUUCCAGCAGCCAGCCGAUGCUGAGCGUGCUUUGGAUACAAUGAAUUUUGACUUAGUUCGUAACAAGCCCAUACGCAUUAUGUGGUCGCAGCGCGAUCCCUCAUUGCGCCGUUCUGGCGUUGGCAAUGUGUUCAUAAAGAACUUGGAUAAGACCAUUGAUAAUAAGGCCAUUUACGACACUUUCUCAGCCUUUGGCAACAUUUUGAGCUGCAAAGUUGCAACCGAUGAGAAGAGCAAUUCCAAAGGUUAUGGCUUUGUGCAUUUUGAAACAGAGGAGGCUGCCAAUACGUCCAUCGACAAGGUCAAUGGUAUGUUGCUCAAUGGCAAGAAAGUCUACGUUGGCAAAUUCAUCCCACGCAAGGAGCGCGAGAAGGAGCUGGGCGAGAAGGCCAAACUCUUCACAAAUGUCUAUGUAAAGAACUUUACCGAAGAAUUUGAUGAUGAGAAACUCAAGGAAUUCUUUGAGCCAUACGGCACUAUCACCAGCUACAAAGUCAUGUCCAAGGAGGACGGCAAGAGCAAGGGAUUCGGUUUUGUGGCCUAUGAGACCACCGAGGCUGCUGAGGCCGCCGUCCAGGCACUAAAUGGCAAAGAAAUGGGCGAAGGCAAGUCAUUGUAUGUGGCCCGCGCCCAAAAGAAGGCCGAGCGCCAACAGGAGCUGAAGCGCAAGUUCGAGGAACUGAAGAAGAAGCGUCACGAAUCCGUAUUUGGUGUUAAUUUGUACGUGAAGAAUCUAGACGAUUCCAUUGACGAUGAUCGUCUGCGUAAGACGUUCUCGCUGUACGGUACUAUCACAUCGGCUAAGGUCAUGACUGAUGAGGAGGGUCGCUCCAAGGGCUUCGGUUUCGUGUGCUUCAUUUCGCCGAAUGAAGCCACUUGCGCCGUCACUGAACUGAACGGUCGUGUGCUCGGCAGCAAGCCAUUGUAUGUGGCACUGGCUCAGCGCAAGGAGGAGCGUAAGGCACACCUCGCUACACAGUAUAUGCGCCACAUGACUGGCAUGCGUAUGCAGCAACUUGGACAAAUAUUCCAGCCGAAUACCGCCAGCGGUUUCUUUGUACCCACAAUGCCGCCAGGCCAGCGUUUCUUCGGCCCACAGUUGGCCACACAGAUGCGCAACACACCACGCUGGGCUCCACCAGUGCGUGCCCCAGCUGCUGUGCCGAGCGUGCAGCCAGGCACUGCAUCCGCCGCUGCUGGUGGAUUCCAAGGUGCUGGCGGUGCGGUGCCCACACAGUUCCGCCAGUCUGCAGCCGGUGCCCGUGGCGCACAGCCUCAGCCAGUGCAGGGCACGCAUGCAGCUGCUGCCGCCGCCGCGGCCAAUAAUAUGCGCAGCUCUGGAGCCCGCGCUAUCACUGGCCAACAAUCGGUGGCCGCACCGAAUAUGCAAAUCGCUGGCGCUCAAAUUCCCGGCGGUGCUCAACAGCGUACUGCUAGCUACAAAUACACAGCCAACAUGCGUAAUCCGCCGGUUCAACAGAUGCAGCAGGCCCAGCCAAUGCAGCAGCAGUUGCAGGGCAACAAGCAAGAGAAACUUGUCGCCUCUCUGUUGGCCAAUGCUACGCCUCAAGAGCAGAAGCAGAUCUUGGGCGAGCGUCUGUAUCCGAUGAUUGAGCGCAUGCACGCUACACUUGCUGGCAAAAUCACUGGCAUGUUGCUCGAGAUUGAGAACUCAGAGCUUAUGCUUAUGCUGGAGGAUAAGGAGGCACUCAAGGCUAAGGUGGAGGAAGCUGUGGCUGUGCUGCAGGUUCAUCGCGUCACCGAUCAAGCCAACUAAGCUCGAACAACAAAAAAGCGGAUUAAAAAUUUUUACAAAUCACUCGACACCUAAAAAUUUUUUUCCCUCAUUCACUUUCAAUUUUAUAAAAACAGAAAUAGUUCGCAUUUUGAUGCUCAUGCAAAGAAAAAAACGCAUCGAAUGACGAAAGAAACGAGAAACAAAAUAAAGAGGAUAGGAAAUUCCAGAAGAGCCGGUUAUAUUUCUAUCGCGACGAACCAAACAAUUUCAAUCAUUUAAUUUCGAACGCAUUUACGCAAAUACUGGAACCCUGAGCUGAGGAAGUCAAAAACCAGCUUUCAACUAAACACAACAAGCACAGAAUUUUAUAUAUAUAUAUAUAUUUAUAUAAUGUAUACGCAGAUAAAGUUUUCAUAAUUUUGCGACUCAAAUGAAAAGAAAAACCCAAACACAAUGAAGAGGAUGUAAACAAACACAGAUACACUUGAUUUACAUAUAGAUUUGUGUGUAUGUAUAUAAAUAUAUAUAUAAAUGUUUUCCCGAUUUAUUUUUUUUUUGCUAAACUGAAUAAUUAUUUUGUAUGCGUAAGCAUAGAAACACAGUGCAGAAUAAAUGCAAAACGAAUGCAAAAAUUUUAAAUCUUCGGUAAUGAAAUUAUACAAAUAAUUGAAAUUGUGACAUUCGUCGAUGUUAGUUUCUUGUAGCAUCCAUAAGCAAACACU